AUUUGGCCCUUGGGUUCUCUGGUAAAGAAAAACAGGGAUUUACGCCGACUUCCACGAUUUGUUCUACCUGGGCGACGACGCGAAAUCCAAUUACACCCAAACUGCGGCGGCCAUGGCCAGCGAAGGGAUCCGGCGGCUCACUCAGCUUUCUCUCGUCUCCAAGGUCUGCUCGGAGCUGGAGGCCCACCUCGGGAACGGAGAGCGCGAUCUCGCCGAGUUCAUCGUCCACCUCGGCCGCGCCUCCCCCUCCGUCGCCGAUUUGGACGCCAAGCUCAAGGCCCACGGCUGCGAGGUACCGGACUACCUCGCCCGCACCCUCCACACCGUCAUCCACGCCAUCCCCGCCGACCCUUCCGCCCCCCAAAACCCCAGCUCCAGUACCAGGAGUUUUGGGGACAAAGAGGGGGAGGAGGAGGAGAAGGAUGGCGAUCCUGAACUCUACCAGGUGUUCCACGGGAGGGUCAUCCGGGUGGUUGACACGGGGUGCUUCGUCCGGCUCGACGGCGCGGGCGGCCGCGAGGGUUUCGUCCACGUCUCCCGUUUGCCCGGCGGCUGCGUCUCCGUGAAGCGCGGUCAGGAGGUGUUUGUCAAGGUCAUCUCCGUGCAGUGGGGCAAUCUGGAAUUCUCAAUGCGGGACGUUGAUCAGGAUACCGGAAGGGAGCUCCCGCCAAUGCUGACCGAUGUGCCAAAGGCAAAUCCAAAGCCUGGUCGUGCUGGAGCCUCUGGGAAGAACGGGAUUGGGCUGUCCGGAAUUGUGAUUCCUGAGGAGCACGGUGCUGGCUCUGCACGAAGAAGGCCAGUCAGGCGGAUGAGCUCUCCAGAGAGGUGGGAGCUGAAACAGCUGCUUGCUUCGGGGGUUAUGAAGGACCACCCUUUGUUCGAUCAGGAUGAUGAGAAUAUACAUUACCAGGAAGAAGAAGUGGAGGAGGAGCUUGAGAUUGAGCUUAAUGAAGAUGAGCCGGCAUUCUUAUGUGGACAGGGUCGGUCCUUGAUUGAAUUGUCUCCAGUGAGGAUUUCCAAUAACCCUGAGGGGUCGCUAAGCCGAGCCGCGUCACUGCAGACUGCACUUGUCAAGGAGCGUCGUGAUAUUCGGAGCCAGGAACACAGAGCACUUCUUGACUCCAUCCCUAAAGAUCUGAAUCGACCAUGGGAGGAUCCUGUGCCUGAUGCAGGUGGGCGGUAUCUUGCUCAUGAACUGAGGGGAAUUGGGCUAUCAGCACAGUGCAUGCCAGAGUGGAAGAAAGAGGCUUAUGGGAAGACUGUAAUGUUUGGGAAGAGAUCGAGAAUUCCAAUACAGGAGCAGAGGCAGAGCCUUCCAAUUUAUAGGCUGAAGAAAGAACUCAUCGAAGCUGUUCAUCGCAAUCAAGUUUUGGUGGUUAUCGGUGAGACGGGAUCAGGCAAAACUACCCAGGUUACGCAGUAUCUUGCUGAGGCAGGCUAUACAACAGGAGGGAAAAUUGCGUGUACGCAGCCUCGGAGGGUUGCUGCAGAGUCAGUUGCAAAGCGAGUAGCAGAAGAGUUUGGUUGUCGAUUGGGAGAGGAAGUUGGUUAUUCUAUACGCUUUGAUGAUAACACUGGACCUGGUACGGUCAUCAAGUAUAUGACAGACGGCAUGCUCCUACGGGAGAUUAUGAUAGACAGCAAUCUCUCUUCUUAUUCUGUGGUCAUGCUUGAUGAGGCACACGAGAGGACCAUAUAUACGGACAUUCUCUUUGGCAUGCUAAAGCAGCUAAUUAGGCGUAGAACUGAUCUUAAGUUAAUUGUCACAUCUGCCACUCUUGAUGCAGAGAAAUUCUCUGGAUAUUUUUUCGAUUGCAACAUUUUAACAAUUCCUGGAAGAACGUAUCCUGUGGAGAUACUAUAUGCAAAAGAGGCAGAGAGCGAUUACAUGGAUGCUGCACUGAUCACAGUGUUGCAGAUCCAUCUGAGUGAACCUGAAGGUGAUAUCCUCUUGUUCUUGACUGGUCAGGAAGAGAUUGAUCAUGCAUGUAACUCUCUUCAUGAGAGGAUGAAGUUGCUGGGUAAGGAUGUACCCGAUUUGCUAAUCAAUCCAGUGUAUAGUGCUCUUCCUACUGAAAUGCAAUCGAAGAUCUUUGAACCUGCUCCUCCGGGUAAGAGGAAGGUGAUUGUGGCCACCAACAUAGCAGAAGCAUCUAUUACAAUAGAUGGAAUAUGUUAUGUUGUUGACCCAGGCUUUGCAAAACUUAAUGUGUAUAAUCCGAAACGAGGACUCGAUUCACUGGUUAUCACUCCAAUCUCACAGGCGUCAGCUAAGCAAAGAGCAGGGCGUGCUGGGCGUACAGGCCCAGGCAAGUGUUACCGUCUGUACACUGAAAGUGCCUAUCGUAAUGAAAUGCCGCCCACAACAACGCCAGAAAUCCAGAGGAUUAAUUUGGGAUGGACAGUUCUUAAUAUGAAGGCAAUGGGGAUAAAUGAACUAGUGUCAUUUGACUUCAUGGACCCUCCAGCACCUCAAGCUCUCAUCUCUGCUAUGGAACAGUUGUACAGCCUUGGUGCCUUAGAUGAAGAAGGCCUGCUUACCAAACUCGGAAGAAAGAUGGCUGAAUUUCCCCAAGAACCACCACUUUCAAAGAUGCUUCUUGCCAGUGUGGACCUCGGAUGCAGUGAUGAAAUAGUUACCAUCAUUGCAAUGGUCCAAACUGGAAAUGUAUUCUAUCGGCCAAGGGAAAAACAAGCUCAAGCGGAUCGUAGAAGGGGAAAUUUUUUCCAGCCAGAAGGGGAUCACAUCACAUUACUCACUGUGUAUCAGGCAUGGAAGGCAAAGCAGUUUUCGGGACCAUGGUGUUUUGAGAAUUUUCUUCAGAUAACAUCACUAAGGAGAGCACAGGAUGUGAGGAAACAGCUUCUUGAGAUCAUGGACAGGCAUAAGCUUGACGUUGUAUCUGCUGGCAAUGAUCUCAUGAAGGUAAGAAAAGCCAUCACUGCAGGCUUCUUCUUCAACGCUGCCAGGAAAGAUCCCCAGGAAGGAUACAGGACCAUUGCUGAUCAUCAGCAGGUGUAUAUCCACCCAAGCAGCGCGCUCUUUCAUCAGCAGCCAGAGUGGGUGAUUUACAAUGAAAUUGUCAUGACCACAAAAGAAUACAUGAGGGAGGUCACAGCCAUUAACCCUUCGUGGCUCGUCGAGUUGGCCCCGAGGUUCUACAGAUCUGUGGACUCAACGAAGAUGAGUAAGCGGAAGCGGCAGGAAAGAAUCGAGCCUCUGUAUGACAGAUAUGAUGAGCCCAAUUCAUGGCGCCUCAGCAAGCGCCGUGGGUAAUUUUUGUCAAUUCACAAAUGUACUCAGUCCUUGCCAUCUGAACUGCAAUCGAGGCUGGGGUGCUCCUUCAAGUGUAAAUACAUAGAAAAUGAUAGCUGUGUAGCAAAUAUUCGCAUGUGCAUAUAGCUUUCGUUGCUGGAAUUUGGAAGUGUUAUGAUCUGAAUUCGUUUAAGAAUGCAGAUAAUAUGUCCCAAUGACGUAAAUAGUCGCAUGUGCAUGUAGAGGGUGCGAAGUGAAGUUUGACUGACCACUAUGCAUUGCUAUAUUUCACCUUGGCGUUAGUUGAUAGGUGACCCGGAAAGUAUACAUAUCUUUUUGAGCAAGCUGAAAUGUCCAUUGUCGUAAUAUAAAUGUUUCUCUAUGAGGCUGAA